AUGGGAAUUUUUGCGAAGCGCACCAAGACCAAGACUAGGCGGCGGACCCGGGACAUUGACCAGAUCAAGGCCGACCUGACGUCUCCCAGGCACCUGCAACAGUACAAGGAGACCAAGGCCGCCGAGGACCUGCCCGGCCUGGGCCGGCACUACUGCGUCGAGUGUGCCAAGUGGUUCGAGACUGAGACUAGCCUGGUUGUGCACAGGAAGGGCAAACCCCAUAAGAGGAGGCUCAAGCAGCUGCGCGAGGGCCCCUAUACGCAUGAGGAGGCGAAUGCGGCUAUUGGGUACAGGAUAGACAAUGGGCCUGAAAAGACAAAGUCUCAGGAAGUUGAGAUGUCGUGA